CUGCGAACAAAAUAAAUAUAAAUAAAUACAUUUUGUGCUGCCUCAAAUUUGUGUAAUUGCAAAAGAAACAAAUUGCUUAAGAUAAAACAAAAUCAUUGUUUCGACAUAUGAAUCAUAUUUAUCCCUAAAGAAAGUAGAUUCCUUUGAGGGUUGAUGAGUGGGUCACCGUUCUUUUUUAUAACCCUAGAAGCUCUGAGAGUCACUCCUAAUUUGUAAAAAAGCAAAACAAAAAAAUUUCGAUAAAUAGCAGAGCAAAACAAAAACUCAUAAUAAAAAUUAAUUUAGUUGGUGCCAAAGAACUUUUAUUUGGAUAUAUCGUUUGUUCUAUAUAGACUAUGGGCACAGAAACCAAGUUAAAUUGCUAUACAGAGAACACUACAUCUGCUGGUAUCGUACGUGUUCCAACAAAAGUUGCCACAGAUAAAACAUGCUCAAACAAUAAGACAUCGACAUCCUUUUCAAAUGUACCAUUUGUUCCAAUACACAUUGAUGAAAAUGACGUUAUCGAAGGUGCUAAACAAAUUAUAACAUCGAUUCGACCAUCAUGGAACCUGAGUUUUGUUCAGUUUAAGAAAUUCACCGAUGGGAUCACAAAUAAACUUGUUGGCUGUUUUUAUAAUCCACCAGAAGAUCAUAAUGUUGCUUCCCUCGCCAAUGGAGUUAAUGGUGUACACAUAUGUUCCGAAGAGAUAACUGCACAGAAUAUUGACAGUCCUGUCGAUGAAAGCAACGACUCCGGAAAUCUCAGCGAUGCCGACACUGAUGCGGAGUCACAAAACUAUUCAAACACAAAUACAAGCAACCAAAAACAGAAAGACGUGAUACUUGUCCGCAUUUAUGGCAAUAAAACAGACCUGCUUAUAGAUCGCAAAGCUGAAACCAGGAAUAUUAUCUUGUUGCAUUCGUAUGGAUUUGCACCCACACUAUAUGCCACAUUUAAGAAUGGAUUGGUAUAUGAUUUUGUACCUGGCGUUACUCUCAAUACAGAGAGUGUUUUACUUCCCGAGAUAUGGUCGUUAGUGGCUCAACGCAUGGCAAAUAUGCACAGGGUUGUCAAGCCCGAUUGGAAUCGGAAUGAAAAACCCGUGCCAAUGCUGUGGAAAAAGACACAAAGUUUCUUUGACCUAGUACCUGAACGUUUCAGUGAUGCCGAAAAACAAAAAAGACUUGAGGGCGUAUUUUUACCUAUUAAACGCAUGCGCGAUGAAUUUGCCGAAUUGUAUAAGCAUUUGGAACGUUUGGACUCGCCGCUAGUAUUUGCACAUAACGAUUUAUUGCUGGGCAAUGUUGUUUAUACCGAAUCUCGUAAAACCGUCACAUUCAUUGACUACGAAUAUGCUGACUACAAUUUCCAGGCUUUUGACAUUGGCAAUCACUUUGCCGAGUUUGCUGGUGUUGAUACAGUGGAUUACACGCGUUAUCCCAGUCGAGACUUCCAAUUGAAAUGGCUCAGAGUUUACUUGCAAGCGUAUUUGCAAAAGAGCGAUGUGACUGAUGCUGAAGUGGAACGUCUGUAUGUACAGGUAAAUCAAUUUGCAUUGGCAGCACACUUCUUCUGGACAAUAUGGUGUCUCAUACAAGCCGAACAUUCCACACUCGAUUUUGAUUACGUUGAUUAUGCUUUCCUACGCUACAAUGAGUACUUGGCCCGGAAGGAUGAGUUCAUGUCCCUGGAUGAACGCUUACCAAAGUGCAAAAUAUAGAUGACGAAUGGCGGUUCGAAACUUUGUUAGGUUUCCCGCGUUAACUUGUUGGAACUUUUCAACAACAUACCCCGCCUAGCUACACAGAAAGGCGGCAUUUUUACAAAUACUACCUACCCCUUCCUUAUUGUAAACCAAAACUUACACAAAAUACAACAAACAUCAGCAUUCCGCCAGCA